GAAGGCGAAGGCUCUCCUCUGGAAACUGGAGCCAUGGGUUCCGCGGAGCAGCCACUCAAGAAGCGAAGGCUCUACGAGUUUCAACCAGAAGAACCGCCUCCGCCGCCAGACUCGUCGGCAGUUCCGCAACCGCCCUCCACCUCUGUUGCUCCGCCUGGAACGCCACCGCCGCUCUCGCAGGAGGAAAUUCUCGCCAGGCGGAGAAACAGAGAUGAAAUCAGAAGUGUGUACGAUACGUACAAGCGGCUCAAGUUUUUCUUGGCCCAGAAAGAUGGAAUCCACUCUCUGGAGCUGGAACAAGCAUAUCUUUCUCUUAUUGCUGCUUCCAGAGUCUUGCAGGUUGUUCCAGUGUACAACGGAUUGUGGCUGAUCUAAUUCCUCGAUAUGCAUUGAACUUUCCAACUGCUCUACAAUCCGCAACAAAGGCUGUUAUUGAUAUGCACAACUGGAGUGUGGCAAUAAUUGAAAGAGGAGAGGAUAAGGAUGAUAUUCCAUUUGAAACUGCUAAAAGUUGCAUCUUCGGUUUAGCAGAUAUCUGCCAUGUUGCGACUUCAGAUGCUUCUAUAUCGUAUGACAUACGAAGAAUUGUGUUUGUAGCUUUCAGAAAUGCACUUUCCUUCUUUUUUUCCUCAGAUGGGGGAACAGAUAUCCUUAAGAUUAUUGAUAAUGAGUUUUUGAAGAUCCAAGAUUCUGCUGAGCUCUUUUUUGAGUUGAAGGAGAAGUUCUGCCAUGAAGAUCAACCGUCACUUUCUAAAUUAUCCAAGCUACGUGCACUGAGCUUUAUUUGGAUUUUCUUUUCUUGGCCUAAGAAUAUAGUUACAGCCUGUUUUGAGCUUUUGAGUUCCAAUGCGUUGGAGGAAAUUAAGGAAGGAAAGGAUUGUGUUAUCCUGUUAACAAGCCAGCUUAAUACAAACACUGCGACAGAUUCUUCUAUAGAGUUAACCAGUGGGUCAACGAGACCAUCCGAUGAGAAAGGUGUUUCAGGGGGUGGAUCGUUUCUCCCGGUGAACUCGUUGCUGCACUUGGUCCUACAGAAACACAUGUCAUUGAGAAGCUGGAUGUUCCUAAAAUGUAAGAAGUUCUUCAAUAGACCUUCACUGGGUGAUGCAUCGGCAACUAGAACUUCGUUCGAACAAGUAUUUGAAUCGUUUCCAGAACUUAGGGAUUUAGAAGGCAGCCAAAUGGACAAUGAUGAGGAUGAUUCUGAUCCCUCGGACCUUUUGAAUCAACAGUACUUGGCGCAUAGGAAAUCCAGUGAUCAAGAUAUCUAUGGUGAACCACGUAGUGCAGAUGGUCGUAAUCAAGUUAGUGGAUCAUUGAGAUCCAUGGAUUGGGAGACUAGUGACCCUGGAGGUCCUUCCCAUGGAAGGUCGUCGGUGCCCAGCGAUGUGAUGAACCAACACAAGAAUUCACCUGUUACGAGAGGACCUGUGGACUUCAGGAGCAAUUCAUUUGAGGCUAGAAGGCAUAAUCAUUCUGCUGAAAAUCCUGUUUCAGCUGGGGGAUUGAUUAACACUUCCAAUUCUCCCAAAGAUAAUCUGGGGGCACUUCAUGGUGGCCAAUGUAUUUGGUUCUGUGAUGGAGAUCCCAUUGCAAUGGAAGUUUUUGCUGCUUCUAGACAGCUUUGGGUUGGCUUCUUAAGUCCUGAUGCAUCUGAAGUUCAUCUAAGGUUUGAGCUUGACAGAUUUGGUCCCAUGGAACAAUUUUUCUUUUUCCCAGUCCAGGGCUUUGCAUUAGCCGAGUACAGGAGCACAAUUGAUGCAGUAAGGGCACGUGAAUAUAUGAGAAGCCAUUUCCCUUGGUUGAUAAAGUUCAUGGAUGUUGGAUUGGGAACUAGGGGCUCUGUUAAUGGGGCUGCAAUCGGUUCGAGUCGUUAUGUUUAUGCUGGAAACAUUUCCAGCCAAUGGGUAAGAGAUGAAGUUCUACAUGAAUCACAGAAAGUGAUAUUCAGAGGCCCUUACAUGGUCACUGACCUUUACAGUGAAGGAGCAUUGCUUAUGGAAUUUGAAUCACCUGAAGAAGCGACUGCUGUCAUGGUUCAUCUCAGGCAGUACCGUAAGGAGAAAAUUCUGCCUCCCUCUGAUGCCUUAACAUCUAAUGCCGGAAUGCCUCACUUAGAUGGGGCAAGAUCGAUGCCGAGCUCUGCAGAUGCUGCUGACUUGAAGGCCAAUGCUCUUGGAAACAUCGGUAAUAGUACAAAUGAAUCAGGCCAAGCUCAGGCUGUUCUAGAGAGCCCAGCUGCUAUGAAUUUGGAAAAUAAUGGAACUGCUCCAGUACAGGUUGGAUAUCCAUUUGGUUCGUCGAAUCCUCCACAUGCAGGAAGCCAUGUUUCUGCUGAACAAUUGUGGAUGUACAAUAACAAUGAACCUCAGUUCCAGCCAGCGUCAUAUGUUCAACCUGCAUACCAGCCUCCAAACAGCUCCUGGGAUCCUCAAGGUUUAAAUAAUCAUGUUCCUUUCAGUCAGGUCCCAUCAGAAUUGAUAAACACUAGCUUCCAGGGGAAUGCGCCUCCUUUUGUACCCACUUCAAUGACUACAUUACCACAGUUACAACAAGCUCCUAUGCAGCACUAUGACCAGUCAUUUUCCAUGCCUGUUGUAGUACCUCCACCUUUGGCAGCUAUUCCAUCUCACGCUGAAAUUCCCCCUCCAUUGCCACUUGCUCCUCCUCCACCCAGCUCACCACCUCCACCACCACCCCUUGCUGAAUCAGCUGAUCCUGGGAUUUCUGGCCAUUCUUGGAAAUAUGGGUGGCAAGGUGCAUUAUGCAAAAGUGGAGUUCAUUAUUGUACGAUAAAUGUAAUCGGAGUGGACUCAGAACUUUGCAAGUACUCAAACGGUCUCUCAGAACCUGCAGAAUGGCCAAGUAGGCUCGACAUGACAAAACGAACUGAUUUUCGGCAUGUAAAAUCAACAUUUUCCAGUACCCCUACACAUAAGAGAGAAGUCUGUCAAUUGAUCCCGGCCUCCUCGACUGAUAAAAAAGGCUACCAGGAUUUCAUAUCGUACUUGAAGCAGAGAGAAUGCGCAGGAGUGAUCAAAAUCCCGCCUUCAAAACCAAUGUGGGGAAGGCUUCUCUUCAUACUUCCUUACUCGCAAGAAGUAUGCUCGAUGCUGUCUAUCGCUUUUGAUGCAUCUUCAUCCCAUUGUGGGUUGAUUGGUUUGAUUCUGCCCAAGGAAACCAACUAUGAAUGGCUUUGAUUUUUUUUUUUUUUUGUUUUUGAAUUGUGAACUCUGUUGUGAGAGUGGAUUUCAUACUAGGAAAACAGUAGGGUUUUGGCAGAUUUGUUUGCCCGUUGACAGAUUUAUAGAUAUUGAGUUCUGUAAGCUUGUAUCAGUUUGUAAUUCUGUACCAUGCUUUCUACAUAAAAACAGUGCUGCAGGGUAUAGUUGGGAGGUUAAUAAUGGACUUUCAUACAUGUGUUUGUAACUUGUAAUCAUCAUGUGUAAUGUAAUAAAGUUAGGACUAUUGCUCUUCAGCUAUGUGGCUUGCUUGAGA